AUGUGCUUGCGGCAUCUCUACCGUGACAAAUAUGGGUGGACAGAAUCGGUUGAUAAUUCACGAAGCGGUGAAUUUAUUCAGAAGGAUUUCAUUUGUCCAGCAAAUGAGAAGACACUCCUCGUAACUUGUAUCCUCGAAUCAGAGAAGGCCUCAUACCUAAAGAAAGCAGAAGUGAGAAAGCUCUAUACAAUGUAUGGGUGA